CAAAGAAAAGAAAGGCCAAACAAGCGAAUUUUUACUGAAUAUUGACGUUUUCAUCUGGAGGAACAUGAGCUUGCAUUGGACAACUGAACCAUUCAACAGGCUCUACGCUUCGAUCCAAGGUGGACAAGUUGAUUCGGCAUUGCUUGAGACGUUGAAGCCAGAUCUCAUCAAUUUGGCCAAAACGCCGCCAAAGUCUGCUCAGAGUCGCCAGGUUCUUGAGAAAGGCGUGGUUAAGUUUGGCGGUGUCGAGUAUGAGAUCAAUGAUGUGUUCAAGAUCGACAGCGCCACUCUAAGUGACGAUUUGGGUAUUGAUGAGCUCAUCGCUGCGGAGUUGAUACAUAACUCACACGGUACGGGCAAAGGUUUGCUCGACAGCGCUAAGGCGUUGUAUUAUUUGAGAAAGCAGUCAAUUUUGAACAUUGUGAGUUAUGCCUUCAACACUGACGAUAGGGUGAUCAGUGAUACGAUUUGGUCUCCAGGAUUUGUCGAUGCUAUUCUUGAAAGUUUCAAGUUUGUUCAUAAGGAGCUCGAGGCUUUACAUCAACUCGUCAAUAGAGAAAAGUUGAUAGGGUCGAUCCAAGGAACUGCAUUCCAACUCAAGUUGACAUUCAGAAGAGACUUCCUGAAUAAGGAGCAUGAGCUUCUUGGUGAAAUCGUCCAUGGAAUCUUUUCUCAAAAUAGAGCAUCCAGAAGUGAUUUCACAAAGUUGUUUGAAUUUGUGGGCACUUUUGAUGUUGAUGAUUUCUACAUCACACAUUUAUUACCCGGACUAUUAAUCUACUGCACAAAUCUUGAUGAUAUACCGGAUAAUGAUGUUAUCCAAAUCCACAGCACCUUGUUGAAAGGCUUGAAAGAUCCAGAGGUUUACAAAAUACCAGAAAAGCUACUUAUUACGUUAGUAUUCUUGACACACUUCAUCAGCUGGUGUAAAAAGUCACCACAGCGUAUUAGCAAGUUCGAUUUUGAAAUUGCGCUUGAAACACCAAUGUCAACUGCCGUGCAAUUGGGCGCAGUAGAACAACUGUUGAUCAUAUGUGCUGAUACGUCGACCAACACGUUUGAUCUUUUUUAUGACAUGCGUGCUUUGCUUGAGCAACAUCUCCCUAGACUGGUUCCUAAACUGAUUUUGGAUGUUAACGAAGAAGAGACCAAAAAGGUGAGGGCACAAGAUCCGCAAGCUGCACCUGUCUAUUUUGCUACCAAAGACCAUAAACUUUCUGAAAAUCUAUCGAUUAUGUUGAGAGGUGUUCUCCAUGAGUUUGUUCAGGCGUUUAUUUCUGAUGCGGCGUUCUUGUUAGUGAAAAUGAAAGAUUCAGAGGAGGAUUCGUUGUUGUCCGGAGAGGACUUCUUUCUUGAUGAUGUUUCAAAAAGAGCUGAUCUCGAGAGAUUUUAUCUUGCCGUGUUCUAUCUAUACUCUGAGCAGCCAUCUCUCAUAUCGAAUUUCUGGGAUGAUAGAGAAUCAAAUGCAUAUGGGUUCAUUGAGUGGGCUUCAAAGGGCGAAGACUUACUCAUGAGGUCUACGUUCUUGGUUAUGUUGAGUGGAUUGACAACAGGCGUUGAUAAUGCUAGUCAUGUUUAUCAUUUCAUGGCCAAUUCAGACAAAAUAUCAUGGUCCUCUAUACUCAUUGCUUUGAGCGCUCACAUGGAUGCCAUUAAGAAGUUUGAGAAAAAUGGUGAUGACCAGAACUUGAACGAGGAGACAAUUCUUUCGAUUGCGUCAUACUUUGGAUUGAUUUACAACGUUGCCAUCCAUAAUGAAGAUAUCAAAGACCUGUUUGAUUCAUCAAUUAUCGAAAUCUUGUUUGAGUUUGUAAAGUUAGAUACGCCGUUGGUCGGUGCAGCUUUACAUGUGAUCCGUUCUCUAGUAUCUAAUUCGUCCGAGAGAAGAGAGGAAAUUUGGAGAAGUUUAGACAGCUGGUUAUUCCAACAAGAUGCUUCAAUAGAGGACUGUUUUCAAACAAGACUUCUUUCUUUUGCAGAUAUUGUUGGAUAUCUUGACCUUUUUGAAGCUUUAAUUAAACCUAGAAGCUCCCAUGGAAAGCUCACACUGGCGUACCCACACAACCUUGGUCUUCCAUACAGAAAAGCGGGUGUGACACCAUAUUUGGAAUUUAUUCUGUCUAAUGUCUUCUUCCAUUCACAGUCGUUAUACUUCUCGGAGAAAAUUGCGUUGCAAGAACCUAUUUUGAGAAUUGUCGAUCAUUGCUUAUCUUCAUUUGAUCCAAAGUUGAUAUUGAACUCAUUCCCAGCAAACGUUGACCUGAAUACAAUAGUUUCUACAAAUGAGUUCACAACAUAUGUUCAAGCCAACCCAACGCCAAUUGUGUUGAACUUCCUUUUCCAAGAGAAGAUUUACAAGACGUUGAUUGAUGUUGCUUCUACGGGUUUUGAUAAUAUCAGUGAUAAGUCUUUCAACUCAAGCCAGGUACAGGUUGUGUAUUUAUCACUAGGGAUCAUUGAUAAAAUUUUGGAACUUGAGUUUGCCUAUAUUGAUGAGCUUCUACCGAUUUUGAAGAAAAACAACAACUUCUACAUGCCUUCAAGAAUUGGAACACAUGGGUUGAGCUCUUUUUAUGACGCUAUUAUGUUCAAUUUACCAGUUGUGGCUCACAUAGCCCUUUACGUUGGAUCUCCAGACAUUCCAAUAGCAUAUAGAUCCAUCAAGCUUUUGUCAAAGUUCUCAAACUCGUUACAGUUCGGUAGCAAUGGAAAGGCUGGAGCGUCCAAGACUAAAUUGUUGACCAUCUUUGACAGCAUCAACGAGUCCCUGAGAAUAAAGUAUCAUUUCAUCAAUCAGUUAGAAUCAGAGAUAACGUCACCAGAGGGUCUCGAAGUUAAGAUUUUGAUUCUGAAUUUUUUGAAUGACAACCUAUCGGUUUCAUCUAAAACAAUUACCGUGUCACAUUUCCUUCUAGGAUUUGAAUGGAAGAAUGAGCUUUCCUUGGGUUCAGAGGAUAUUCCAACAAGUGUCGCUUCUGGAAAGUCUUUGUUCAAAUCAUUAAUCUACAUUUUAGAGUCUGCCUUGCUUUCAAUAAGCUCCGUUGAGAUUGAUUAUCCAUUAAUUCGAUUGGCUUCCUUGUCCCUUGAAAUUAUUCUGAAGUUGUCCAAGAACCCUAGAAGCUCUUUGAUUGUUUUAGAACACUUGUGUGGGUAUGACCUGCUGCACAAACUCUUGAAUACCCCUAGGGUUGAUGUCAUGACCCACUGGUCUGGUGAAAACUUUUCUCCAAGAGUCGACACUAUAACAGCAUUCAAUUCAGGUCCUGGAAUCGGCGCCUUUUUGGAGCUUUUGAGUUUCAGAAGCUCUGUACUCCAGUAUUUGAGUUUGGAGCUUCAUAGAACUUCAUCCAACGGCUCAAUAUCCAAAACGAACACUUAUAUUGAUGCACUUAUUAAUGGAUACGGUGCCUUUACAGGACCGCCAAAGGUAUUGUCAUUUUUAGAUGAUUUGGAGUUUUCUUUAGCUGACGAAACCACAAUCCCGGAGGUAGACUUGGUGAUUUUCCAAAAUGUUGAUAUGAAACUUGAUUUGACCAAGAUUCCUCUCAAUAUUGAUUCCAAUGGACCAGUAUUCAACUUGGAAGAUGUGGACGCUGUGCUGGAUUUACAUCUUAGAGCUCUAGCUGUACAAGGUCGUUAUCAUACUGAUGAUGAGGAGAAGGAGAAAGAUAAGCAGGUCGAAACUCUAAGAGACCAACUCAAAAGAGCAGAUUCCAGAACCUCAACAAGUUUGAUUCUGCUACCAAAUACGAUCAAAAGCAACGAGCAAGAUGCAUUAAUUGAAAGAGCCCUUCUCAAAGCAAAGUUCAACAACCUGUUGUGCUUCCGUAAGUUUAAGAGCUCUCAGUUGGCCUCCCUUCAUGCUUGGGUUCAGCUUAUUCAAGUGAUCGUAACAGAUGGUCAAAUGGAUCCUAGUUGCAGAUCCAACUUUGUGCUGGAAGUAUUCCAAAGCAUCAUUCCUCGCAUCAAUGAUUAUGUCGAGCACGAUAUUUUGUACGCAGAGGAGUUGGUGUCUCUUUGUGUUUUCCUAUACGACAUUUAUCACCAGGAUAGAAAAUCCGCCGAUGAUACACUCACCAGCACAGUUGAUGGCUAUGAAAGACUGUAUCCUCUAUUCAAAUCAACAAUUCACGGAAUUCUCAGUCCAGCAUCAUCCCUGGCUUUGCGUUCAGAUCUCUAUGUGCUUAGUUACAAAUUCUUAUUCUGGGUCUUGAAGCACAGAGAUAUAUCGAGAGAAGUUCUUCAGACGAUCAAACUGUCGAAUGAAAGAUUGAUCACUGUCAUUUGUAACGAUGCAAUCAGUGGUGAAGGACCAACAAGAAUCACGAGCUUACUACUUUUGGAAUCUUUGUUCCGAUUGUCAAGCAUCAAUGAUCUCAAUUUCGUUUUGAAUACCCUGGUGAAAAACAAUUUGCUCUUGCUUCUUGUGAAGUCAAUCAAGAGAACUGAUGAGACUUUGUCGUUAUCGCACAACUUUAAAAUCACAUUGGACUCUCUCUUGUAUGAGCUUACAGCUUUCAAAGCCAUAAUGUGCUUCCUUCUAAGAGUUGCACAGACUAGACAUGGGGCUCAACAAUUGCUGCAGAGUGAGAUCUUCCAAACCAUCAAGUCUUGUCGGUUCUUGUUAAUUGACCCAGAUCUUGGAAUUGAGUUGGUCUAUGAUGAGUCUACGCUUCAAUCAUCUUCAUUUGUGCGUGUAAAUUUGAAUCUUGACGCGCCUUUGUCACUUGACAGUUCAUCAAGGGCAGUAUCAUUAUUUGAGCUACUUGUGCCAACCUUCCAACUUGUUGCUGCUAUAUUGUUGAGUACAAGCUCGGAAAACAAGACUUCUAUCUUGCAAGUAAGAGACCUCUUGAUUCAUUUCAAAGGACUUAUUGUUUGUGUACUGAAGAAGUCCCUUUUAGAUGAGUCCAAGAACGAUGUUGUGCUACAAAAGCAAGAUAGUGAUUCAGGCAGCGUCAACGAGCUAGCCAACUUGUUUGUGUUGUUGAGCACAUUGACAGACUUCGACCCUGGAAAUUAGUAUACAAUACAACUUCAUAAGGAUGUUCCAUUAAUAACCAUGUUAUUUGAUCUUACAAAUCUAAACCUUUGAACCGAUCAA